GUUGAACAGAGCUGCUGUUGCUUGUUGAGGAGUCAUCAAGAUCAGGACAUGUGAUGAGGUCACCGCAGAAGCUGUACUGCUCACUGUAGGAUGAAGAGCGUCAGCUCAAAGUUGGAUUAAAAUCUUGUGACAAACCAGAAGAUCACUGAUACUAAGUGAAAAUGGCUGAGCAAGGAUUUAAAUUGGACGAAGAAAAGUUCUUCUGUUCAAUCUGUUUGGAUCUAUUGAACGAACCAGUGACUACUUCCUGCGGGCACAGCUUCUGUAAGAGCUGUAUUAGGAACCACUGGGAUGCAGAGGAUCAGAAGGGAACCUACACUUGUCCUCAGUGCAGACAGGCCUUCAUGUCGAGGCCAGUCUUGGGGAAAAACACCAUGUUAGCAGAUUUAGUGGAGGAGCUGAAGAAAAAUGUAGUCCAAGCUGCUCCUCAUCCUCAGCAUUAUGCCGAACCUGGAGAUGUGGCCUGUGACGUGUGCACAGAGAGAAAGCUUAAAGCCUCCAAAUCUUGUCUGCAGUGCAUGGCCUCUUACUGUGAGCUCCACCUUCAGCCUCACUAUGAAUCACCAAAUUUUCAGAGACACAAGCUGGUGGAAGCCUUGGCAAAGCUCCAGGAGAACAUGUGCUCUGUUCACAGUAAAGUGAAAGAGCUCUUCUGUCACAGCGAUCAGCAGUGCAUCUGCUCUGUCUGUGCUAUGGAGGAACAUAGUGGCCACGACACAGUGUCAGCAAUAGCAGAGAGGACCGAGAGGCAGAGAGAGCUUGGGCCGAGAUGGCAAAAAAUCCAGCAGAGAAUCCAGGACAGAGAAAAACACAUGAAGCUCCUUCAGCAGCAGAUGGAGGCCAUCGCUAGCUCUGCUGAUAAAGCCAUGAGGGACACCCAGACCAUGUUCAACCAAUUGCACCGAUUGGUGGAGAAAAGAAGCUCUGACGUGCAGCAGCAGAUCAGAUUCCAGCAACAAACUGAACUGAGCCGGGCCAAAGAGCUUCAGAAAAAGCUCCAGCAGGAGGUAACUGAUCUCAGAAGGAGAGAUGCUGAACUGGAGCAGCUCUCACGUACAGAGGAUCAUGGCCAGUUUCUCCUCAGCUACCCCUUACUGUUAGGACUCAGUGAAUCCACACAUUCAGCCAGCAUCAACAUCCAUCCUCAGAGCUACUUCCAAGAGGUGACGGCAGCUGUGUCAGAGCUCGUAAAUAAACUGCAGUGCAUCCUGAGUCAGGACUGGUCUGAGGUCUCACUGACUGAAGGGGAGACUUUACUGAGAACAGAACAGCACAAGACUUUAGUCAAGCAACAAAUGCACUUGGUGCCACCACCACCACCAUGCCUCCAGCCUCCAACAGAGUCCAGAACUUCAGUGAAACAGCAACCAUGGUUGGUGCCACCACCACCACUAAUACCAUCCCUCCAGCCUCCAGCAGAGUCCAAAACUUUAGUGAAACAGCAACCAUGCUUGGUGCCACCACCAUUGCCAUAUAUCCAAACACUAGAUGAACUCAAGACUUUAAUGAAAAAACAAUUGCACCUGGUGCCACCACCAUCUCCUCCACCACCAUCUCUGCAACCAUCAGUAGAAUCCAAAACUUUUGCGAACCAACAACCAUGUCUGGUCCUGCCAGAAGAGUCUAAGACUUUAGUUAAACAACAACCACAUUUGGUGCUACCGCCACCAUCUUUACGACUACCAGCAGAGUCCAAGAGUUUAGUUAGACAACAACCAUGUUUGGUACUGCCACCACCACUUCUCCAGUCACCAGUAGAGCCCAAGACCAGAGAUGAGUUCUUACAGUAUUCUCAGCACAUCACUCUGGAUCCAAACACAGUGAACAAAGGGCUUGAACUAUCUGAGGGGAACCGGAAGGUGACAUGGAUAAAUAAAAUACAGUCAUAUCCUGAUCAUGCAGACAGAUUCAUAGAUACUUUUCAAGUUCUGAGCAGAGAGAGUCUGACUGGUCGGUGUUACUGGGAGGUAAAGAGGACUAGGUCUGUUUCAGUAGCAGUGGCAUACAGAAGUAUCAGUAGAACAGGAAGCGGAAGUGUAUUUGGAGACAAUGACAAGUCUUGGGCAACAUAUUGUUGCUUGAGUAAAUAUGAAUUCAAACAUGACAGUAUCGUUACUUUCCUCUCAGGUCUUCGGUCUUCCACAGUCGGUGUGUAUCUGGAUCACAGUGCAGGCAUUCUGUCUUUCUACAGUGUCUCUGAAACCAUGACUCUCCUCCACAGAGUUCAGACCACCUUCACUCAGCCCUUGCAUGCUGGGCUCUGGGUUGGUUUUGGAUCCUCUGCUGAAUUGGUUUCAACUUCAGUAGUUUGAAACUGUCGAAAAGGCAGCAUGUGAUUCUUUGAUUUAUUUCAGAGUCAAAUUUAGACUUUUCCCUGUUGUUCACAUUUGAACUUCCUGUCUAACACAUAAAUUCCUUUAAAUUCAAUUUUAGUUAUAUAGCACCAAUACGCAAAAACAGUAAUCUCAGGAAACGUUAACUAUUACGAUAUAGAUACUAAAGUGCCUUUCCUGGUUGGCAGUUUUUGCUUGUGUGUGUGGGGGGGUGUCAAAAUGGAGUUUAUGCUGUCACGAUUCUUCCCCGUAUGAAUGACUGUGUGCACUAUGUUGGCACAGCGGAGUAUGUCACAAAACUAGAUAUCCUUAAAGGAUAAUGGAAAGUCCCACUAAUCACCUGCACAUCUGUGCUUUUGUUACACUGGACAGUAUAGAGUGAUGCCAUUUGGAUUGUGAAAUGCACCAGCCACAUUCCAGUGUCUAAUGAGUACUGUUCUGUGGGGAAUCAGUAAUUGGGAAGUGCAUUUGCAUGACAUUGUGGUCUGCUCAUCCAUCUACCUGGACUGAAUAUGUCAAAACCAUCAGUUAAAUUCUCACUCGAUUAUUUGCUGCCUCUCUGAUGUUUGGUCAAAGGUGAAUUUGGUAAAGCUGUAGUUAUGUAUCUCGGUAAACAGGUAGGGCAGGGGCAAAUCAUUCCAGUAGCUGCUAAAGUGCAAGCAAUAAUGGAUUUCACCACUCCAGAAGCAAUUCUUGGGUAUGGCUAGUUAUUACCAGGCAUUCUAUAAAAACUUUUCUGUUUUUGUAGCCCUACUAAGCAGUCUCACCAGUCCCAAGGACCCCGUCUUGUGGUCCAAUGAGUUCAAGCUGCUUUUGAAGCAGCCAAAGCUCUCCUCUGCAGUGCCUCUGUGCUUGCUGCUCCAGAUUUUACACAUCAGUUCAAGCUGGAAGUGGAUGCCAGUGCGUUAGGGGCGGGUGCAGUGCAACCACAGGAGGGUUAGCGUUGUGUUGACCAUCUGAUUUGUUAUUUUUCAGAAAAAUUCAAGAAGCAUCAACUGCAUUACAGCAUGAGUGAACAAGAGGCCCUUGCUAUACUGCUAGCACUGCAACAUUUUGAAGUGUACCUCAGUUCCAGCCCUAUCCCAACCAUUGUGUUUUCAGACCAUUAAAGAAGACGCUCUCCCAAGGGUGUAAAAUAAUCUCUUUUUAUAGGGGGAAAUGUUUAUUUUUUGGGGUGGGGGAAAUGUUAUGACCCAGGAUAAUGGGUUUAUAUGUGUCUGUGUUUAUAUGUGUGACUCCCACCAGAGGAUGUGGUUGUGGGUUUUUCUCUCUCCUGCCUCCCAGGUGGGUCUCCAUGGGUGUGUCUUGAUGGAGAAAGGUGCAUGCUGAGUGGUUGGAUUGAAUUCAUUCCUGUUCCCGGAUUGAACAACUGGUUGGACAGCAAGCUCUCAACCACCAGAUGACAGCCACGUCAUCCCUCUCCCCUGGCCUCCACCAACCAACAAACAGCCUGUGUAUUUGAUUGUUGCGUUGAGUGUUUCUGUGUGAAAAUCUUAUAGUUUGUUAACAGUUUAUUAGUCUGUAUAAGUUGAUUUGUGUGUCUGGUGAUACGAGGGCUAAAUGAAUUUGGGACCUUUUGCUUGUUAUCUUGGCAUUGGCCGACGAUGUAACACCUUCCACUGAGACCAUUUCCGAUGAGGUUUCGGUGAACAGUAGAUGGUCAGCUGAAGGCCCACAUGGAUCCCUCAUGUCCUAUAUCUUUGUUGGAUUUCCUCUCAUUAUUGUUGAGGACACCGUACGUCCGGCUUUUGGGGAAUAAGAAAAAUAUAAUGUUAUGUUUGUCAAAUUGUGUCAUCUUUGGCAUUUUUCAUCGAUUCAACUAAAGAAAUGGGAAUGAUGAUGUGUUUUUGUGACAAGGUGAAAAAGAGCUAAAACAUACCAUUUCUUUGCUAACACUGGUUUAUCCAUGGAGCCUUUUUUGGUCUUCUCAAACUGUUUAUAUAUGACACUAUGACAUCUCUGCUCUGUGGAUAUCUUAAUGUCCCUUUACAGAAUUUCUUCAAAAUGGUUGGCGUUAUGGUCGCUGACCUCUAGGAGCUCUCCGCAUGUGAGAGAACUCUUUGUCCUCCUCCUGUGUUUCUGUGUUACAACCCACUCAACAGCAAAAUGUUAUCUGGGAUGAGAUAUAACAGCUGGAUUCCUGCAACACUCCCUGACAACAGCAGCAUUUGAGCCUCCACGU